CUCGUCCUCUCCUUCAGGCAUCUCCCUGCACGACAUCACGCCGCAGCUUCGACAGGCGGUGCGGGAGUCCGGGGUGGUGGAAGGAUGGGUCCAUAUCGUCAGCCGUCACACUACCACGGCCGUGACGAUCAACGAAUGUGAAAGCCGUCUGAUGGAUGAUAUUCGCCAAUUUCUUUUGAAGUUGGCCCCUCCCCAGUACCCGUACCUCCACAACGACAUCCAUUUGCGCCCGGCUUCCGAGGAGGACAAACGGAGGGUGGCA